AUGGCUCUAGAGCCAGAAUCGCCAAACGGAUUCUUAGACAACUCUGAUAACCUCUGCCACGCUGGAUUCUUAGGCGUUGCGCGACAAAUGAUCAGACCGGUAGUCCUGCGACUCCGACAACUUCUCCAAGAAAAUCCUGCUCGUUCGGCUGGAUCACUAGUUAUAACCGGCCAUUCUACCGGAGGCGCAAUAGCCAGUCUCCUAUACGCACACAUGCUUGCGCAAACCGUGAAAUCCGACCUCGUCAACCUUCGAAACUCAUUCAAUCGCAUUCACUGCAUUAGCUUUGGCGCACCACCCGUCUCGACUCUCCCACUCAACAAGCCAAGCCGACGAGAGUAUCAAAACUGGUUAUUUUUCAGCAUCAUCAACGAAGGCGACCCUGUAUCACUCUCGGAAACUGCAUAUGUCCGCUCCUUGAUCGAUCUCUACAACUCCCCGCCCCCCUCAGCUCGCCCCGCAAGCUUCCUCUCGCGGAAACUCUCCUUCUUCAGCUCCAAGCAGCGCAGGGGGUUCGACAAACGCAAAUCCACGAGCGCCGUAUGGUGUAGGCCGGCAUCAACGCUGUCGUUGCCGGGAAGGUUGGUCGUCCUGCGCGGCAAUGAGGGCAAAGAUGGGAAACAGCGCGCCGAGGCGUAUUUGACGCGAAAUGAGGAGUUGGCGGGAAUUGUGUUUGGCGAUGUGAUGAUGCAUUCGAUGGCGCUGUAUCAGCGCCGGGUGGAGAUUUUGGCGACGGAGGCAGCGUGUGUAAAGAUGGACGAGGGAUCGUAA